AUCCCCUCCUGGAAUUAUCUGGACCGUGUCAGCGAGCGGCUGGCUACGCCGACUAGCUAGCUAGCUGCUAGCAAUGGCGAGCUUUUGUGGCUAGCCAGCGACUGGGAUAGCGUUUGUUUAUGUUAGCUCCGCGACAGCUUAACGCCAACAGUUAACCGCGUCGAAUCUAAAUACAUGGCCAGCAGCCGGCGGCGCUUCGCGUGUCUCAUCAGUAGUGAAUAACAGAAUUACCAGACGCGGUGUCUGGUGGUUGAAACGCCGAUGCGGGGCGCGUUGAUGUUUGUUACCUCUGCUACGGUGUCAGUGUUGUGUGUGUGUGAGAGCGUUCCAGCCUGAAUCAUGGAACAGUGUGCAUGUGUGGAGCGGGAGCUGGAGAAAGUGCUCCAUCGCUUCGUGAUGUACGGCCACCAGUCCGAGGAGCGGCUAGACGAGCUUCUGCGCAGUGUCUGCGAGAUACGAGGACAGCUAGUUGCUUUUGGAGUACAAGAUGCAGACUUAUCGGUCUUGUCUCAGACGAUGGCCCAGUGUUGUAAGAAUAUCAAAGAAACAGUGCAGAUGCUCGCCUCCCGACAUAAGGACAUCCACGGCAGCGUCUCAAAAGUUGGCAAAGCCAUUGACAGAAAUUUUGAUGCAGAAAUCAGUGCCGUGGUGGCAGAGACGGUGUGGGACACCCCAGAGAGACAGAAGUACCUGAGUGAGACCAUCGUGGAGCACCUGUACAGACAAGGGAUGCUCAGCGUCGCAGAAGAUCUGUGUCAAGAAUCUGGUGUAGUUAUAGAUAUGAGUAUGAAGCAGCCAUUCCUGGAGCUAAACAGGAUCCUUGAAGCGCUGAGGAUGCAGGACCUCAGGCCGGCACUUGAGUGGGCCGUGACGAAUCGACAGCGUCUUCUGGACCUGAACAGCACUUUAGAGUUCAAGUUGCACCGCUUGUACUUCAUCAGCCUGCUCAGCGGUGGAAUCGGCAACCAGUUGGAGGCCCUGCAGUAUGCCAGACACUUUCAACCCUUCGCCUCUCAGCACCAGAGAGAUAUCCAGAUCCUGAUGGGCAGUCUGGUGUAUCUGCGUCACGGCAUCGAUAACUCUCCAUACCGCAGUCUGCUGGAGACGAACCAGUGGGCAGAGAUCUGUAACAUCUUCACCAGAGAUGCCUGCGCUUUACUGGGCCUCUCCGUAGAGUCUCCGCUUAGUGUUAGUUUUGCAUCAGGCUGUAUGGCUUUGCCAGUGCUGAUGAACAUCAAGCAGGUGAUCGAGCAGAGACAGUGCAGCGGAGUCUGGACACACAAAGAUGAGCUGCCUAUUGAAAUUGACCUGGGGAAGAAGUGCUGGUACCACUCCGUGUUCGCCUGUCCGAUUCUCCGACAGCAGACCUCGGAGAGCAACCCUCCCAUGAAGCUCAUCUGUGGCCACGUCAUCUCCAGAGACGCCCUCAACAAACUGACUAACGCUGGAAAGUUGAAAUGCCCGUACUGCCCCAUGGAGCAGAAUCCGUCACAUGCCAAGCAGAUCUACUUUUGAUACCGCACACUCGCACUCACGAGUGAGGAUGAAGUUCCCUGGAGCUUGUCACAUUUCCAGGACCAUUUGCUCUGUCCCUGGCCUUUCGGCCUGUUAUUGUAAGCAUUAAGGUUUUAUCCCAGUGCUCCACUGGACGGCCUUGGCCACCCCCCGAAAUCCACCACGGACCCUCUGAGUUUGCGUAGUACACCCGAGUCCAGCGGACGACUACGACCUGUAGUAGAGUGAGGAGUCUCGUCAGUAAUGAGAACCUCUUCACGAAGAAGCACCUCUGAAAAAGGAUAAUUCAUUGAAACUCAUUUGCGAAUGCCUGCAGAGUUAUAGGCUUAUCUUUUUAAAUAUGUAAUACUUUAAUAGUGUUUGUUUGAUUGAGUUGGAUGACUGCUUCUUUUUUUCUUCCAUUCUUCUUUUUCUUGUUUUGAUAGAAGCGGUGAAAUGAUUAAGGAUGGCGGCGUGUGGGUAAAUGGCAUAGAUGAGCCGAUUUUGACUUCAGGGUGGUAAUAAACGUCAGAAAACCCACAGCAACAAACUUUGUAGUAGGUUUAUUAUUUGCUGGCGAGGGGGAACUGCGGAGGUCCAUCUUGAAUCCAUCUCUUGAUUGUGACCAACUACUCCUUUAUAAUGUAAUAAAGGCCUCACCUAGCUUGAAAGUCACUGCUGGCUGAUGUAUCCAUUUGAUCAGUAGAACAAUUAACUAACUCGUCAAUGGUGGAACAGCUUUUUUCUUUUCUUUUUUUCUGUGACUGACUGCACCAGCAAAAUUUCUCUCAUUAUAGAAGCCAUUUGUCUUGUUCUAUGUAUGUAUUUAACAAACAAUGACACAAAAAGGAAACAAAAAAAUAUAUAUACUACUGUGAAAUGUG